AUGCAUCAUGCAAGGAAUGAUCGACCAAGGGCGGAGGACUCCUCUCACGUUCGGAAAAGAUCACAGAGAGAGGAGGACAUCAUAAAAGUCCCGGAUUUCGAUUUUACGGACUUGAUCGAUAAGUACAAACUCUCUCUGGUUGGACGGAUGUUCCACCAGGAUGGAAGAAGCGUGGAUGCCCUGAUUAAGCAUAUGCCCAAACGCAGAAUCUGGGAUGUCGAAGGCAGAGUCAGGGGAACUAACCUAGGAAAUAAUAAAUUUCAGUUUGAUUUCAACAAGGAAGAGGACUUGCAGAGGGUACUUCUCCGACGCCCUUGUCAUUUCAAUAAGUGGAGUUUUUCAUUGGAAAGAUGGACUCCAACGAUCAAAGAAGACUUUCCCAACUCUUUGCUUCUUUGGGUAACUAUCACUGGUGUCCCUACGCAUUAUAAGAAAGAUGAGUCCUACCGGAGCAUAGGGAAAGCGCUGGGAGAAGUUGAUAAAGUCGAUGUUGAUAAUGGAAGGGUUAGAGUGUACAUCAACGUCGACGAACCCCUCCAGUUUGAACGCCGUGCGGGAUACACAAAUGGAGAUGUAAUCAAAGUAUCUCUUCAAUAUGAAGAACUCCACAGAUUCUGUUUCACUUGUAAACGCAUCUCGCACGAGGAAGGAACCUGUCUAGACUUAUCACCGGAACAAAGGGAAAGAAACAAAAUUGCUCGGUUAGAAAAAAAAGAAAAGGAGGAACGAGCAGCUAGAGAGGCCUUUUCGAUCCCUUCAAGAGGUUUUGAGAGUCAAGUUUGA